UCUGUUUACGUCUGCGGUGGAACUUGUUGGGUUUCUGGCUGACUAGCGGUUUCUUGGCGGUUUCGCGGGUUCAGUGAGUGCAUCACCUGUUGCGGGUCUUCUUGCUCUUUGUUUACCUUCGCGGUGGCGUGAGAUUAGCCCAGCUUAGCGGCUUGACCGGAUGGAUUUUGCUCAUUCCGAGAACGGGCCGUCUAUCACUCAAGUGCGAAUUUCCUCAACGCCUGACUGCAUGCGAGCGAGGCGGGCUGCGACCAGUUCCAGUGGUGUCUGUUGUGACCGGUGUUGAACAGGUGUGUCAGGUGCGUGUGUGUUCCGCGUGAAAGAGGAAGGAAAGAGUAGUGUGCUCGCGUGAGGCGGAGAGAGGAGACGUAGUACGGUCGCAGAAAGCGAAAACGCCAGUGAAAAGUGUGACUUUGUGCAACGACCGGCGGCGACAGGUCGUAAAAUGUGACAAGUCCAGUUCGCGCCCGCCCACACGCAUUUCGCGGCUUCUUUGCGUAUUCGCGCGUAAGCUUCGAGCUCCGUUACAAAACUUACCUGAACAGGCCAGGUGAUAGCGGUCAGCGGCGUUUCGACGUCGCGCGGCCUCAAGUGCGCGACGAUUGUGCUUUACAGAAAUUUCAAUAGUACACAGUGGAAAAGCCAAGGAAGCGUUUUGUUAUUUCGAAAAAAAUCCAUUUUAGAAAAGUAUUUGGAACAUGGAGAAAAGUUGAGCCGAAUCUAUUGAAUUUGGAGAGGAUCAUAGCGAAAAAUAUUAUUUUCCAUCCAAAUCCAUCUCGCGUAUGACAAAUGCCCGUUAAAUUCACUUGUCAACAUGUCCAUGUUAACAACAAACUUCUUCGCCGACAUCACAAUGACCUUCUACCGUUGCUGCAAAUUCAUUUCCACAAUAAAUUUGCGUAAUAAUCAUUACAACGUCGUAGCAGAGUGUGCUGCCAAUUCGUCCGACUUACGGUUAAUUUAGUGAACCCUCCUGAAUUUUACGUGCCUCAACUACAUAACGGGCGCUAUUGUGGCGUUAAGAUGCGGCCAACAAGUGAAAAAAGUUUGCAUAGACAAUUCACCGUGAACGACCAUCCAAGUUACCUGUGUCAUUAACAUUACUGUUUUGCCAUCGACCGGCUCAUUUUUUUUUCGCGGAAACCUCAUCAUUUGCCAAUUCUUCUAAGAAUAUCAAGUGCAUUCCAAGCAGUUUUUUUCGGUGACCAGGUCUUCGGGUACGCGAGAAGCCACGCUGCAGAAUUACCCCAAAAAGAUAUUGUGAAGAUGAUGAACGACUGCUUUGGGACAAUUGGUAUCCAGGUCUGCUAAUAUGACGCAUCUGAAUCGGAUAAAAGUAGUUGUUCUUGGCAGCUCCAAAGUUGGAAAGUCAGCGGUUACAGUGAGAUACCUUACAAAAAGAUACAUCGGUGAAUACAGUUCCACAAGCGACUUCCUCUACCGGCACAGCGUAACGUUCGACAACGUCUCCACGGAGGUCGAAAUCAUGGAUACGUCGAAAUGCGCGAAAACUGGCUGUUUAUACGAACACAUCAGAUGGGGGGAUGCCUUCGUAGUGGUUUACUCUAUCUGUGAUAAGCCAAGUUUCUCAGCCGCCGAAGACUACUUGGAACAGUUGACAAAACUUAAAUUGCCAUCAUAUUACACAACCUUACUUCUAGGAAACAAGCGUGAUUUGGAUCACGUAAGAAAAGUAUCAGUAAAUGAAGGACAUGAAUUAUCAUUGAAAUAUUCUUGUCAAUUCUACGAAGUAUCAGCUGCUGAAAGUUUUGCUGGUGUGUCCUUAGCGUUCCAGUCGCUCCUGCGUGAAGCGAAAUCUAUACAGUUGCUGAAAGCAUUGCCAAUAAGGCGAAAACUUGGGGUAAAUAGCGUGUCCAAGGUCUUAGGAAAUAUAUUUGGAAAGAACAGCAAAGACAGGAAAAAACGUCCAUCACUGAGUAUUUGACACUUCCUUUAUUCAAAAUUAAUUACCACAAGUUCAUGUUUGAACAUAAAACGAAAGACAAAAACAUUACAGAAAAGUUCCAACCGAAAGAAAGUGAAAUACUCCAUGAAUGUAAGCAGAAACCAAUGCAACAUGCAAAAUGUAUCUUCCUUUUAACUACCCACUAAGUGUAGUAUCUACUAUUUGUAUGUAACUAUUAUUUGAUGUAAGAUAAGUUAUAAAUAUCUUCCUGUACACACACAUUUCAACGGUUAAGUAUUAUUUGUUUGUAAGAAAUUGUAAAUAUGAUUGUGAUACAACUAAUUAUUACCAUUUGUAGACGCAGAUUUCAUGACAAAUGUAUUUGUGAUAAAAUAAAAAAA